UGGUGCUGCCGGCUGAGCAUCGCAAAGCGGAAACGAUGUUGUUCCAAUCUUCGAAGUGGGCUCUCUUUUCGUGGCUAAUCGUUCUAGCCCAGCACGGUGGCCAGGCUGAUAUAUUGGACCCGGUCUGUCCUUCGGGUUAUAGGUACAUCGACGGCAUGUGCCACUCUUCCUGUCCCUCGGGCCAAUAUUUACACACCAAUGGAAAUUGUUAUCCCCAGACUAGUUUAAAGUGUCUCGAUGGAUAUUUUUUAAAUACUGAUGGCCAGUGCUACAGGACUAAUCCUCUUCCUUGUCCUUUUGAGACAACCACAACAACAACAGAACCCACCACAACAACAACAGAACCCACCACCACCACCACAACAACAGAACCCACCACCACCACCACCACCACAACAACUGAACCCACCACCACCACCACAACUACUGAGCUUCCCGUCCUUCCACCUUCUGAAAUUGUUCAAUGCCCUCCGGGCUCAAUAUUAUAUGAAAGGGAAUGCCGGAAAAUAGUUUGUGCCGAGGGAGAAAAUUACCAGGGACGAUGCAUUUCGCCCGUCUGUCCGCCGGGAACCGUGUGGCGCGGAGGGCGCUGCCAGGAGCCAGGAUAUUUGACGACCAUCCUGGAGAUCGACAACGUCAUUCACAACCAACACGAGUAUAAUGUCGUCACCGAGAAUAUUAAUCGGGUGGACUACGUCACACAACCUCCUUACCAGCCGGACGAGGAUAAUAGUAUCGAAUAUCCACCAGAAAAUAUUGUUAAAUCUACAACCACGUCAAGGCCAUGGGUUUAUCCCUCGAUUGUAACCACCACGGAGAAAUCGAGUUCGGGUGAGGCCUUUCCGGGUCGAAUUCCGCCGCCAGGCUGUUGUUUGGUUAUGAGCCCACGCGUCUGCAUCGAUUACACUCCCAACUGGGUUUGUUCCAGUCGCCCCCUGAAGCUGUGCGACCCGAGAGUUUGCCAGACCCCGUGGGUGUAUCUGAAGCCGCCGACGACAGUACAGUCCACAAAGAAUGGUAGAAAAAUGGUCGUCAUGCCACCCAAUCCGCCUAUACGGGGAUGCAGUACUCCGGAAUGCAAAGAAAGUGAAAUUUUGGAUUGCUCUGGAUGUAAUGACAAUGUCCUAGAGAAGUGCUCCCGGGGAUGCUACAAUUACUACUGUCCUAGUGGAACUUGUGGAUUUAUGAACUCUGAAACAUACUGCGGCUACUAUCCAGGUGGAUUUGGCUGCAACGAGGACGAUGGAUGUAUCUGGGAUUGGUGCAAGGAGAAGUGCUACUAAAUAAUUCGCUUUAUUUUUAUUGAGAGAUAUUAACUAAAUAAAUAAUUGAGAUACAAAAAAUAUUUUCAUUCAAGCUUAAAUUCAAAUAUAACGUAAGGUAUUCGAUUAUUUGACUCUCGAUAGCCAGAGUGUCGAUUCGAUAACCGAUUGUUGCGAGAGAGAGAGACGCUUUUAGGUAUUUCUGUGCUUUACAAAAUGGCCUCUCUAAAACCGGAAAUUCUAUAUAAGCAACCCGCAACGGUCGCUCUCAGAAAUUUUUGAAAAAUCAGCUCGACGCGGCGGACUCCGGACUGGAAGCGGUGAAAAGCGGUUGCCGGGCGCGUUUCUGUUUGUUCGUGUGUUUUCUUUCGCCUCGAGUGGCACUAGCACAAAAAAAAAAGUUUGUUUGAAAAAAGAAUAAAAGCGGCAGCGGCGAGUGUGUUUGUGCCUUUUCCGACUUGUGUGUGUGUUUGUGUGUGCGUGCCUGUGUUUGCAAAUACAAAAGCAAAGGCAAUAAAAUCAAAAACAAAAGUUUUGGCUUUGGCGCUCAGUGCAUUUUAGUGCCCCGCCCCCGGACCCGACCCCGGCUCCGGCCCCGGCCUCCAACUAAUUGUUGUUGCGAGAGGUACGGUAAGAGUGUGCAUAGUAUAGUGUGUGUGCGAGAUUUGUUGCUUGUUUGUUGUGACAAAAUAGAAAAAAAAAUAGAAAAAAAAAUGGGAAAAGCGGCAGGCAGGCGUAAUCAUAUUUAAUAAACAAAAUUGCUCCGUUGUAUAAGCAUUUGUUUAUCCCGCCACGAAUUGUGCAAACACAUAAAUUGUACAAUUCCCCCAUCUAGGGUUCUCUCUCUCUCACCCUCUCUCUCGCUCACUUGAACUUAAUUAAAAAAAGAAAUAAAUAAAAUCAACAAACUUCCUGUUUCUGUUUUUUAUUUUUUUUAUAUUUUUUUUCAUGCCCCAUCAGCUUGAGUCUCCUCUCUCUAUCGCUCACCCCCACUUUUCAUAACUGUUGCCGCAGACAACAAGAGUAUUAUUGUGGCAGUACCUCUUCCACUUGCCCCCUAGCCUGAACCGCCCGCCGCCCAACUCCCCCCCACAAACUCUCUAAAAAAAGGGGGGAGACACUCAUACAAAGGAAUGUGUUGUGUGCUAGUGUGUGUGUGUGUGUUGGCAAGAAAGUUUUGUAUUUGCUUUUGUGAUUUCUGCUGCUGUUUGAUAUUUGCCAGAAGUGCGGGCGUUGAAGUUUUUAGUGCAACAUUUCUCUGCUCUGCUCGGCUCCAGCGGGAGCUUUUAUAAUGUGUGUGUGUGUGUGUUUGUGCUAUUAUUAAAACCCCCCUCGCAAGCACCCCCCACUGCCACUGCAUAGAGCAAAAAAAAAAAAAAAACUAUAGUGGUGUGUGGCAGGCGAGGCGUUGGCGUUUUGACCAAAAGCUGAAGAAGAGGAAGCAGCGUUCUGAAAGGGGCAAGAAACUGUUAGGCCGAGAGAGAGCGAGAGAAAGGAGAGAGUGUGUGGGUGUUAAGGGCCAAGAGAGGAUCAGACUUUGGUUAAUAAAUCUCACAGGGCUUAAUGAAUAAACAUUAUGGAAAUCAGCCAAAAGAACUAUUGGCCCAAAGUGCAACUGCCUUUUAUUGAUUUUUUGGUAAAAGAUCAUUGGAUUAUUAGGCUGUCAGGAGGAGGGGUUGAGGAGGGGGUGGGACAGUUAAUAAAUAAAUCAAAAAAUAAUACAUAAACAUUAUGGAAAUCAAGGCACACACACAGCACACGAGGAAUGUCUGUUCGAAUGGGAAUUUCAAGUGUUUACCUUUCGCUUUGCUUCUCCCUCCCCCUGCCCCCUUGUGUGGCACAGUCCUGGGGCCCCACCCCCCUUUCUGUUGGCCAUAAAGCGUUUUACGAUCUCCGCUGGCUGACGCACUUGUUGUUUUUAUGACAGUUAAGCUAUUUUGCGUAUGACACGUCUGACAGAUGUCAGCGCCCAGUGCGGCUGUCAACGGUGCCGUUAAACGCAGGCCAUCUCUGUCUGCUUGCCACCCUUUUUUGGGGCAACCUACGGGUGGUGGACCUACUGCCUCUUUUGGCCCCAAAAUUUUAAUUAUAAUUAAUCGAAAAAUAUUUAAAAAUAAAUCAAGAGUUUUUGUUUUGGCCAUGUAUUUUAUUUUCAUCUUGCCACCAAAACCAUGCCACUAUGUGGCAGGGGCAGCUGUCUUUUCGCAGCUACUUUUACGCAUGUUUUCGCGCAGAGGACCGAAAAAGUAGAAGUCGGCUUGGCAUAAAUUGUUGCGGCCAAAUGUGGCAAGCAGAAACAACAACUAACUGGGCCACGCCUACAAGCCCAUAAGCUGCAAACAUCAAAUAUCAGCGGCGGCAACAGCUAAAACAACAACAAACAACACAACAGCCGCGCCGCUUGUCGCAUGUAAUUGCUUGCCACAAAGUAAAUGACAAUAGCGUAAGACACCGUCAGUGGGGCACAGUGGGGCAGAUACUUAUCAUAUUAAAUAUAAUUUAUAAAAGAUAUAGAUUAAAUAAUAAUAAAUAAUAAAAUCACUAAAAUAUAAAAGAAAUAAAUAUGUAUCUGUGAGAUUUAUUUUAGGGCCAACCCUUUGCUUUCCAUUCCACUGUAUGGGUAUGGGGGGUAUGGGGCUCUGUGUAACUAAAAACCGCAAAAGCUUGUCACUCCCCCCUGCCUGGCUGCCCGCCCGGCCUGCCCCUGCCACGCCUUCUUUUGGCCCCUUUGCCGCCUCGGCUGUCGAAGUUGUUGCUUCCGCUCUCGCGGUUACGCCGCUCUCACCGCUACUCUAUCUCUAUCUGUAUCUGUAGCUGUAGCUAUAUCUGUAUCUGUGCGUGUGCUUGUAUCUGUGUGUAAGAGUAUCUCUUGACAGUUGUAUCUUUUUACCCCGCCCUCCCUAGCUUGUACGUGGGCGGCAACAGCAUUAGAAAAAAUAAACCUCAGGCCCCUCAGUUUCAAUUCAAGUUUUUAAAUAUUUGCCGGAUGACGUCGGCAGCAGUUGUGUCGUCGAAGUCAAUCAGAAUUAUUUGAGGCAUUCGAUUGUUGCAUGUGCCGCGGCCGCGGCCUCUGUCCCUGGCUUCGGACUUAAGUGGACACUCAGCAGCUGCCCCCGCAACACAAACAAAGCCAAGCCAUUGAAAAGUGAUAAGGCUAACAAACACGCAAACAUUUAAGCAUUUUCUACCAUUCUCGGCCGGAUCGGAUAUCGUUUUUGGCCAGCACUCAUUUGUUUAUUCUCUCUCCAUUAUUACUUGUAUUUAUUUGGCUUUUUUUUGGCCAGGGCUUUCGGCCAUUUAAUAUUCAUUUAUUCAGCCAUGUUUAUUUAUUUAUUUGCGUGUCUCUCGGUCGCACUGACUGGCCUGGCCUGGCCCGGGCUAUGUGUUUGUGGCCAAAAGACCCAAGACGAUAAAAAAAAACAUUCGAAACUGAAAACGUGAAAUCGCAUGCUAGAAGCCGUGGCCAUGAUUUUGAAUUUAAGCCACACACAGGGCAUUGGCAGUGGCAAAAAGAAAAAAACUCGAAACAACAAAAUUGAAAAUCAAAUAAAAUAUAUAAUCGUAAAAAGCACUUGCCAUCCAUUUGAUACCCUUGUGGAGGGUCAUCGAUUGCCUUGAUUGGUUAUAUUGCAGUUUCCUGAUUAUAUAAUGUUUCAGUUUAAUAGAGGGCGCUACAAUUAUUGAUAGACUCUAUGGUACUAUUUAUUGGGCAGAAAAUGGACCAAUAUCUUAAAGUUUAUUGUUGCUUAGAAGCUUCUGAUUUUGAUAAUUUCUUGGUAUUUUAUUAAUGAGUUUUAUUUAUGAAAUAUUAUAUAUAAAUAUCAUAAUAUAUUUGAGUUUAGUAGAGGGCGCCACAAUUAUUGAAAGAUUUUAUGAAACUUUUGGGCAGAAGAUCGACGAAUACUUUAUUAAUAAUUAUAAACAAAUUUUUUUUUUGACAAAAAAAAUCAAAAUGGGGACUACAAAAUGGCGGAUCUUGUCGUCCUUUUCUCGGAAGAGGAAAAAACGAUUUAAAGAAGAUCCCCUUAAUUUUUGAUCUUUUUCUAAUUAAUAAACCUUUUAGGAUAAAAGUUAAAAAGAGAAUUGUAUAGUAUACCAUAACCCUUAAACUUUCUAAACCCCCGCUUUCCCAAGAGAUCCCAAUCUGAUAUAUGUAAAUAAAAUCUUUUCCCAACAAUUUAAAGCCUGCGUUUAAAGUUUUAAUCGGUUUUAAGUUCAACUUGAACAAUAAAUUAAGUGCAACCCCCUCAUUAAACGAAAUACAAUAAGUUUCUUAGCCAUUGGGAGGUUUUAUUUUGGAAAUUGGUACAAUAGCAAGGUUUAAGCCAACGAAACUUGGCCAAUGAAACUCAUAUUUUAUCCAAUAAACCAUAAAUCUCCCAGGGUUUUUGUUUUCCUAGACCAACUUGGCUUGGGAGCGUAAAUCAUUUAGUUUGUUUGCAGGAUGGCUGACUGGCUGGUUCACUGGCUGGCUGGAAGAAGGAAUUAUUUGAGAUCUUGCAGACAAUUUUAAUGAAAAUAUAUUCCUCUAUAUACUAACACUACACCCGUAUAUGUGCCCUUGGAUUUAUGGAAAGUGUGUGCUAUCUGAAUCGACAAAGCAAUUUAAAUAUUUGAAAUUACGAUUUUCGGCAUGUACUUGGUAGCUUUAUGGAAAUUUUAUUCCAAAUUUUAUUCAAACAAAGCCAACCAACUCCCACUCCCACUCCAGAAAUGGUCUAUUCUUUCCCGCUUUUUCCCACCACAAGAGACCAAAAGUUGUUCGUAGCUCAUAAAUUCUUUUGUUGGAGUUGUUUUUCUUUGAUUUUUUUGUUUGGCGGGGUGGCACGUUCGAAGGAAAACCCCAAGACCGAAAAACCGGGUAAGGAAAAAGUGAAAAUUCAGUGGGAAAAUUGUCGCUGUCUGCAGUGUCGGCCCAGUGCGAUUACAGCAGCAGCAACAGUAGCAAGAAAAACAGCCUCAAAACUAAUUAGUUGCGCUGCAUUCAGGCAGAGUUUUACUUUUUUUUUUUUCUCGACUACCACUGCCCCAGACUGCGGCGAGAUUGAGUAAGAGUGAGAUUCCCGCAUCUCCCCGUUCGAUUGUGCAACUCGUGGAGCGCGAAAAAGAUAGUCUGUCGGCAAGACGAAUUCAGUUAACUGUUACACCCGGCCUGGCUGACUGACUAACUGACUGGCUGACUUAAUUCCCUACAUUUUGUGGCACAGUGGUUGCAUUGCAGGCUACCUGGGAAAUACAUCUCAUCUACUUAGUCCGCCUGCCUCCCCCUCGAGAUUGAGUAAUGGUUCGAUAAGGUGCUCUGCUUAUAAUCAGGUUGAUGUUGCCGCCUGAUUAAGUGCUCCGAGCAGCGUAGCCCCGAUUGUGUGCGCAGUUACGCCAGUUACGACCCGACUAUUUAUAAACGCUCAUUAGGCAUCGUAUUACACCUGAUCACUGAUGAUAGGGCUGGGACUGGGCUGGAGUCUGGAAAAUUUAUUAUUGGUCCAAGAUUAGUCAGAGCCAACGGCGCCAUCCCAGGGCAGGACUAAGGGGCAUCAGUCGGCCAUCGCAUUCCGAUUAGAAGUAAUCUCUCGAACUGGUUUGGUUCGGUUGUUUGAUAACAAUAUUUUGAAAAUAAAACAGAUCUUGAUUAGCUUUCUGGCAUUUGAUCUUUUGCCUCAUAACCAUAAUCAUCAGACUUGACAAAAGUUUGAUGAAUUUUUAUAUAAAGUUUGGCAUUUAAAUGACUUCCUCAAGUCUCAAUAUCAAUUAGCGUCCAUUAAGCCAUCAUCGCUGAUCUCGAAUUCUCAUUCCUCACUCCAUAAACAUUUCAUUCCGGGCGGUCUUUAGACCAUCUGUUGAUCCGCUCACCCCAAAUCAGUCAGCCUUGGACCACUGUGCAGUCGAUUGUCUCUAACUUGGUGGAGACUGAGACUUCUGUAAUCGCUGCCAUAGCAAUGGCAUCUAGUCAGCCCCGAGGCAUGGUCUUACUGGGAUUACGCUGGUGCAAUGUCUCUGGCGGAGGAGCAAAGGCGUGUGUAAUAAAAAGUAUCUCUGAGAUACUCCCCUCCUUUCGGCCAUUAAUGAAUGAAUGGAGACCGUCUUAAGCAAAGCCGGCUUGUCCAACUGACAGCAAAGCGCAGCUGGGAAUCCCAUCUCUCGGAGUUUGGAACAAGGGCCAGUGGCAGUAAGCUGGUCUUCCCCCCCGCCCCCGGCUGCUGCGCUCCGUUGCGCGUCAAAUUUGCGCUCGACCCCCCCUGCCACCCAGCUACCCUGUCUUUUUGAUAAAUUUCCAUAAAAAAAGAAUCAACUGGAAGAGCAAGCAGAAGCUCCCAGCUCCCAACUACCAACAGAAAAAAUUGACAAUGCUGUGAGACUUUUUUUUUUUUGGGGGGUUUUGUUGGGAUGAGAGAAAAUACUCAGUGGAUGGUGGAUAUAUAUAUAUAUGCAAAUCGAGUAAUUUGUCUCUAAAGCAUUUGUCUGGCUUCCGAAAGAGAGCGAAAGCCGCUCCGUGCAGUAGAUGUGUGCCCCACAGAUGAGGCAGCCACAACUUCCGGUGUCUUCUGCCCAAGUUUCGGUCUGGCUGUGGCAAGUUUCGGUGUGUGUGUGGGGGGGAAGACUUUAUAAAUAAAUUACAAAAUGAAACGAAACUGAAUAGUCGCUGAAAUAGUUGGCAAACACCAGAGAUGUGGGGAGAAGUUGUCUGUCGACAAAAAACUAAAAAAUACGAGGCGUUGUCUUCAUUUUUUUUUUUUGAGGAGCAUUCAGGUGGAAUCUGUUAUCGACGUUGGCGUAUUGCUAAAGAGUUUGUUUUUAGAGGUGGAUACUCUAUAAUUAGUGGUAUAUAGUCUAUAUACUCUAUAUAAUCAUGGAACAAGAUGUGUAGCAGAUCCAUUUAUUAAUGAAAUGAUGUAUCUUGUAGAUAAACUAUUUCCAUCUUGAGACCAAUAUUAACCAUAAUUGAAUGCCAAGUGUAUAACGCCUCCUCCUCCGAUUGAAACUAUUUUUUCAAAGCCAUUAAGCCAAAGCCAAAGCCAAAGACAGAGCCAAAUUAUUAUUUGAAUAUAAAAAUAGGCAAAAAUAUGCAAAAAUAUUUAGUCGGGUGGCCUAAUGUGUGUGUGAUGGCGGUAUCCCACAUAAUUAUUUUCGGUUUCGGUAAAGUAAGGCCAGAAUCCGGCGUCUGUUGGCCGCGUGGUUGUCGUUGUCAGAACGCCCACCAUGACGCCAGUCGGCCAAAAAGAGAGACACCAACUCUGACGAGGGCAGCAGAGCCAACGUCAGUCGGUAUGGAAGCCAAGGAAUUAUGCCUGUAUUUUCUUUAUUUAAUAAAGUAAAUUUAUGCCUUAGUACAAUUGUUUUUGGCCCGCAUUUUGGGGCUCAUAGCCUCCUACACUAUGAGAAAUUCCCAGUGCUUUGCUCCGACGACCGACGGACUGCGGUCAGGCACUCCGCUCCAUAAAACCACCCGAAAGCGUAAACCAAAUUAGUUCAUUUAUAUGUAUGGAAUAUCUCGUAGCCAGCCCCCCGAGUUGGCCAACUUUUAUGGCAUUGCGGCAAUAUACGAUUAUUACAAUAAUCUUUCUCGGAUGGCACCCAAAAGGGUCAAGGCACUACUACGCCCCGAUGCCUGAUGGAAGGUUAAGAUGCUCGAGAGUGCUUGUACUUGUGGGUGUAUUGGAUUCUCAAGUUAUUGUGAUGGGUUUUGAUUUAUUUGUUGGAUUGUGAUUGAUUUCUUGACUCGUUUUUGAUAUUCCUUUACAGAUUCUAGUAGUUCUUGGCCAUUAUCUUAUGGGAAAUAACUAUAUCUGAUGGCAGUCUGGCCGUGUAAUGGCCUGCUCUCUGGUCUGGCUGUAGAUUCAAGUUUAUUGCUCGCCUGAACAAAUGCUGAUAAGGGCCAAGUUUUGUUCACUUCGGCCCUCCUGUCCUGCCCUAACCAUCAUCAUCAUCAUCAUCGUUAUGUCCCCUCUAAAAAAUCAACAGAAUCAAGCAAUAAAAGUCAAGUUCAAACAUUGAUUCUUUACGACUCGAGUCGCAAGUCUCCGUUACAACAGAACCCAACCGAUUUUCACCUUAAUUUCGUCUUGAACUUGUUUCGCCCUCGCCCCCAGCUCACUUCACUCGCAGUUCCUGUUUUCUGUGCCGCAUUUGUUAUUUAUUUGCCGAGCACUAAAUGGAAUUCCGUUGAAUCGGCUUGAUCUUGAUAUCUUUCUUGCUUUCGGCCAGAGGCAGAGUUCUCAGUGCUUGUCAAGAUCUCGUUUUUCUCUGGGGAAGAGUGGGAUCGGCCGACUUAUGGAUGUAUGCUAUGUGCUAUGUGUGUUGGGCCUGUCACUCAGUCAGUCAGUCGCUCACUUAGUCAUUCAGUCAGUCAUAACGUGGUCGUCAGCGCACUGCCAACGCCUCUUCACCUCGGGGCGGCCCUUUCCCUUCGGCGCCGUCUAUUUGCGGGUCCAAGAGUCUUCUGGGGUCUUUAAGAUGCCGGCACUUUCUUCAGUCUUCAUAGUCAUAGAUAGUUUUGUUCAAGAUCUUGAUGGAUUAUGAAAGGAGUAUUCUAUAUUCUGUCUAGCAAUGACUAAAAUUUAAUCUUUAACUAAACAUUUUAAAUAUAUUCCCCACUCUUACCAGCAUAAAGUUUAUUAUCUUGGAAUAAUUGUACAUUCUUCUUCUGAAAUCCGAUAUCUCUGGGACAUCUUGUAGACCAUCUCUUUGUUCUUUGACAUUUUUAUUGAAAUGAAACAAAUCAAAAGAGGUCUUCGACUCGAUAGAAUCCUAUCCCAGAGACCCUAAUGCACAUUCCGAGCUGUGUCCCCUGUCGCUGUUUGUGCCUUCAUUGUUACGAUGUAAUACAAUUUCUUGUUUCGUUUGAUUCGGUCAGAUAGAAAGGAUUUCCAAAUGGAUUGGCACGUGCUGGGGCCAGAUGUUGCCCUAGCCGGGGAUAUAUAUAUAUGGGGAGCAGUUCGGUAGAAGUACGGAAUGGCGGGAGAGAAAGCAAACAUCGUAUGGAAUAAAAUGUGUAAUAAAAUAGAA